GGUCCGCCGUAGCCUCCCUCAAGGAUCGCUACCCGACUCGUUUCUUCCUCGAGUUUCCCGCCGGCACUAACCCUUGAAGAGGACCAACCGCAGCCGAGAGUUUUGCCGACCGGGCCAACCAGAGGCGAGAUGGAAGAGGCGGGGGUGGGAGCCGCCACAGUGUGCAGGAGAGAGUCCGUUUCUCCGGUAAAGGGCGAGUCGCUCCUGCUGGGGCCCGGAGGGGAGCAAAGGAGCUGCGGGGGGUUGCGGAAGCGGAAGGACCCCUCCCCGCUCCGUUGGGGACCGCGGCGGGGCCGGGCUUACCUUUCAGCGGUCCCCUCCAGAUGUCCAACCCCAGCCUCGGCCACCAUGUCGUACCAGACCCCUCUGGGCACCUCAGUGCCACACGCCAGCUGCCUAGACCUGUGGAGGGAAAAGAAUGACCAGCUAGUUCGACAGGCCAAGGUGGCUCAGGACUCGGGUCUGUCUCUGAGGCGACAGCAGUUGGCUCAAGAUGCACUGGAAGGGUUCAGGGGACUCCUCCAUAGUCUGCGGGGGCUCCCUGCAGCUGUUCCUGUUCUCCCCUUGGAAUUGACUGUUACCUGCAAUUUCAUUACCCUGAGGGCGAGCCUGGCCCAGGGUUUCCCUGAGGACCAGGCACAGGAUAUCCAACAGGGCCUGGAGAGAGUGCUGGAGACCCAGAAGCAGUUGGGGCCCAGACUGGAAUGUGGGCUCAGGGGGCUGUGGGACUCCGUUCUCCAUUAUUCCACCCUUCUCCUGGAGGUGCUCCCUGCCCUUCACCACCUGGCUGGCCUGCAGGCUGCUGUCUGGCUAAGCACUGACUGUUUGGGGGACUUGACCUUCUUGCUGCAGACCUUGAAUGGCAACCAGAGUGAGGCCUCUGAGAAUCUGCUGCUGCUUCUGAAAACUUGGAGUCCCCCAGCUGAGGAGUCAGAUGCUCCAUUGACCCUGCAGGAUGCCCGGGGCUUAAGGGAUAUCCUUCUUACAGCUUCUGCCUAUCGCCAAGGCCUCCAGGAGCUGAUCACAGGAAGCCUGCCCAGGGCACUGAGCAGCCUGCAAGAAGCAGCCUCAGGUCUAUGCCCACGGCCUGUGUUGGUCCAGGUGUACACGGCUCUGGGAACCUGUCUCCGUAAAAUGGGCAAUCCACAAAGAGCUCUGCUGUACUUGGCUGCAGCCCUGAAAGGGGGAGCAACAUGUGGUCCCCCGCUUCUGGAGGCCUCUAGGCUGUAUCGGCAACUGGGGAACACAGCAGCAGAGCUGGAGAGUCUGGAGCUGUUGGUUGAGGCCUUGAAUGUCACUCAUAGUUUUGAAGCCCCUCAGCUUCUCAUUGAAGUAGAUUUACUACUCCCCAGACCUCACCCAGCCUCACCCCUUCAUUGUGGCACACAGAGCCAAGCCAAGCACUUGCUAGCAAGCCGAUGUUUACAGGUGGGAAGGGCAGAGGAUGCUGCAGAGCAUUAUUUGGACCUACUGGCUCUGGUGCUGGAUGGCUCGGAAUCAAAGUUCUUCCCCCCGCCUUCCCCUCUAGGGCCUUGUAUGCCUGAGGUGUUCUUAGAGGCAGCUGUAGCACUGAUCCAGGCUGGCCGAGCCCAGGAUGCCUUGACUGUAUGUGAGGAGCUACUUAGCCGCACGUCAUCUCUGCUUCCCAAGAUGCCCCAGAUGAGGGAAGAUGCCAGAAAAGGAACCAAAGAGUCACCACACUGCCCAUCCUGGGUCUCUGCAACCUACCUGCUUCAGGGUCAAGCCUGGGUGCAGCUGGGGGCCCCAAAAGAGGCAAUUAGUGAAUUUAGCCGGUGCCUUGAGCUGCUUUUCCGGACCACACCUAAGGAUGAAGAACAAGGGCCUGCUUCCAAUGGUGAGAAGGGGUGUAUAUCAGAUGUGGCACUACAACAGCUUCGGGCAGCUGCCCUGAUUAGUCGUGGACUUCAGUGGGUGGCCAUUGGCCAAGAUACCAAAGCCCUACAGGACUUCCUCCUCAGUGUGCAAAUGUGCCCAGGUAAUCAAGAUGCUUCCUUUCACCUGCUUCAGACUCUGAGGAGGAUGGAUCGGAGGGAUGAGGCCACUGCUCUCUGGUGGAGGCUAAAGGCCCAAACAGAGUUGCCACAGGAGAAUGCUGCAUGGUCUCUCCCCCUGUACCUAGAAACCUAUCUGGACUGGAUUCAUUCCCCUGACCGUGAAACCCUUCUUGAGGAGUUUCAGACAUCUCUGCCGGAGGCUCGUGAUCUGUAGCUGCCACAUUUUAAAGAGCCUGAGCUGGGGCUCCAGUGGCCUAUUUCUCCAUGGGGAGGGCUUUCUGCUUUACCAUUCUUAAGGAGUGUGGGUGAAAUGGAUCAUUCCUGUAUAAGUCUGGCAUUGGAGAAGUUGGUAGGAGUCCUGCAAAAUUUGGCCUAGUUACUGUCAUUCUGGUUCCUUUGCCACCAAAAAGCCAUUAACUUUGCUUAUGAUGCCUUUUUUCCUAUAUUCCUGUUAAUUGUGUUGAGUAAAAUGCAUAUUUAUCUCUUGUUUGCCUACUACAUAUACUUGAGUGGGAAGGCUCACAGCUGUCUGAUUCAGUUGAGUGCUGGUUAUCUAAGAUGCCCUCUCUCAACAUCAUCUACCUUAUGAGAUUGAGUUCUGGGUAGAAGAAAGGGCCACAGGAAUCCUUGCAGUGGCUUUGGUUCUUUCUGUUGCCUAAAAGUCAGAGUCCCAAAGCCCAGAAUCCUGUGCAAGGUCACAGAAUGAGUGGAGCUGGGUCUGGAAGGUGGUCUGGGCAGACCUCUCAGGACAAGGGCAAACAUUUGGUUCUUAGAGGGGAGGGACAAGCAGACCUCCGAGUCUCUAAGUGACUCCCUACCCCUAUCCCAAAUUCUAGAAAUUUGGGAUUUGACAGUCUCAGUCAACCCUGCCUGUGUGGAUAGGAGGUGAAGGGUGAAUUAAUAUAAUCAGCAUGAUACCAAAUCUGUUUAUUGAAUUUAGUCAGGGCUAGCUGGCAUUUGGGGCCCAAGGACUUCAAGUCUCAGCAUGCAGUUUUCUUGCUGCUUUGGGUUCUAUUGAAUCUACUGAGUUCCGUGGUUGCCUUUAGACUCCUUUUUGGACUUGAGUGCCCUCCCUCCUCUAGCCAUUAAUAUAAAUACCCAGUGGUAAGAGGAAGCAUGUACCUCCAAGCUCUGAGGAACUGUAAAGCCUAUGGGAUUAGGGUUACCAGAGGGUGCCACAAGAAUAGGGUGGAGUGGAUUAAAAGGUGGGGUGCUAGUCAAAGGGUUCAGAGUAGGCAUGGCUCCAGCCGGCAUUUUGAAGAAGCCAGGAGAAGGUUUAGGGUGGAUCCUCAGGUUUGGGAAGAAAAUGGUGUGUAGGUUAUCACUGCAACAGGACUAGACUAAUACAAGGGUUCAGUCCAUUGUGCCAGGUUCUUCAGCAGGGUAAGAUCAGGAACCAAUGAACUAGAGCCAAGUGGGAGAGUCCGCCUCCCAGGGAUUAAAGGCUCUUUUAUUCGCCCGUCGAUCUGGCCCCAUCCUUUUCGUUGAUUGGUCGCAAAUUCCAAUCCGUCGAGGAAGCGUAGCGCUGCGGCCAAUUGACGUGGCGUUACUAGGCGUGUUGCAUCCCUGAGGCGGGAGCCGGGCCGCAAGCGAAUUUCCUGAUUGGCUCUGGUCGGCGGGUUGC